AUGGAAGAAAACGGCUUAGAGAUCUCUACUAUCGAGAUGCACACUGGAGGGGAACCACUGAGAAUAAUCGCUUCUGGUUUCCCUGAGAUUAAAGGAGACACCAUUCUAGACAAAAGACGGUACGUUCGAGAAAACCUUGAUCAUCUUCGCAAGCUCUUGAUGUUUGAACCUCGCGGACAUUAUGACAUGUAUGGCGCUGUGAUCGUCCAACCACACAGCGAAAUGGCCGAUUUGGGGGUGAUUUUCAUGCAUAACGAAGGAUACAGCACCAUGUGUGGCCACGCUGUCAUAGCACUCGGUCGCUACGCUGUCGACUCGGGCCUCCUCAGUACGGACGUAUCGCGCUCGAGUGUGGGUGAAGUACCUGUCUUCAUCGAGUGUCCUUGCGGCGUGGUAAAAGCCCUGGUCGAUAUAGAAGAAGGCAAAUCGGGCCGUGUUCGUUUUGUUUCUGUUCCAGCUUUUGCUUUUGGACUUGAUGUGGAGAUAAACACGGAGAAGUUUGGCCAAGUAAAAGUUGACAUUGGAUUUGGGGGAGCGUUCUACGCCAUAGUCCCCGCGCAUCGUUUGGGUGUUGAUGUGCGUUCGUCGCGACUCGCUGAUAUCGUGGAAGCUGCUAAUGCGAUUACCAACGCGGGGAAAAGUCAAAUAAAGCUGCACCACCCAGACAGUGAGGAACUAGCUUUUCUUUAUGGUACUAUCAUUACCGAUGGCAAAGAUAUGUUUAAUAGCGACUCAAAAGAGGCAACAGCGAAUGUAUGUGUCUUUGCGGACAGUGAGGUUGACAGGAGUCCAACAGGAUCAGGAGUGACAGCACGUGUUGCAGUGCAGUAUGCACGCCAACAAAUUGGCUUGCAUCAGAUGCGUGUGUUUGAGCAAGGUCUGGUUGGUUCACAGUUCACUGGUCAGGCUGUGAAGGAAACUAAGGUUGGGGACUUUGAUGCUGUUCACGUAGAAGUUGCAGGCAAUGCAUAUUACACUGGGAAAUGCACAUUCACUGUAGAAAAGGAUGAUCCUUUUAGAGAUGGAUUUCUUCUUAAAUAGUAAGAAAAUAUUGGUAA